UCUUUUUGUAUUCAAUCAAACCUAAAACCCUAGAACCCCAAAACCCACCAUUUUUGAAGCCUCUGUGCUCGAAUCAACUAUGCCUUCGAAGAGCAAAAAGAGCUCAAAAUCAAAGAACUUCACCAAUUCAGACGCAACACCACAAUCUCCACUAUCCAAUUCAUCAUCAUACUCAAAUCUAAACCCUAAUUUUAACGAAGAAGACGACGAACACUCACUAUUACGCUCACUCGAACAUGUUUCCACCAUUUGUCCUUCGUUUAUCGGUACUUCUGCUUUGAUUUGCCGUGUGGUUGAAGAUGCUUCUGGUGGAAUUGAAUCCAGAGGGUGUAAAGUGUGGGUUUCGGAAUCGGUUAUGAUUGGUUCUUCGAUUACGCCUGGUUCUGCUGUUUCGGUAUCACUUGCAUCUAUAAGGAAAGAUGUCCCGGGUUACCCUCUUAGCUCAUUGAUGGAUGAAUGUGCCAGACACUACGGGUUCAAUCGAAAAACCGUUAACGAAACAGGAAAUCACUUCAUUCUAGCUACCGUUUUCCCUUCUUGUAAGGUCACGAAAAACGGCGUGCGAUUAUCUUCAACCCUGGCCUCUGCAAUGGGGUAUCCGAGUUCCGGCAGGAUAGUUUUCGUUUACCCUGUAAACAUUGGGGGUAACAAUAGUUCAAUUACGAUACGGAAAUGUAAAGACCUACAUCUAUCUUUGGUUUCUUCAAAGAGUUCGAUUAGUAAUAAUAAUAAUAAAAAUAAUAAAACAUCUCAAGCUGAUUUUCCAUCCGAAAACGGAUAUCUUUCAUCUCCAAAGACACCAUCUUUGACCAAGUCAAACCUUAGUUCUCCCUGCUCUAGCGCGCCAACUUCACCAAGACAUAGUCAAACUCGGUUUGACCCGUAUUUAGAUUCUUGUAAUAUUAAAGAAAUUUUGGAGGACGAAAUGGGAAAAAAGCUUCUUCAGACAUGCACCAUGUCGAUCUUAAAUUCCCGUCAUUUAAUUUCCGGAAACGUUGUAGUAAUCCCGAUACUUUCAGAGCUUUGUCUUUUCAAGGUUGUCGGUGUAGAAAACGUAUACGAGCAUGGCAAUGAUAAUAGAAACAAUGGUUUGUUUGAUCAAUCUUCGAAUAUAUCGGGACACGCUAAUGUUUUGUUAGUGGAUCAUGGAACAAAAGUUCAUUUGUUUUCAGAGAAAACAAAUUUUGAUAUAUGUAGUGAGGACAGCGUAGAUAAGAUAUCUAAUGAAAUUCCUAAAUUGGGAGGCUUGUCAAAGGAGUAUUCGGUUUUAAAAGAUAUUAUUGCAUCGUCAAAAACCAACACUCUUGAACGGAUGGGUUUGAGUGCAACAAAAGGAGUGCUACUUCACGGUCCACCUGGCACAGGGAAGACUUCAUUGGCCCGAUUGUGUGCCAACGAUGCUGGUGUUGAACUAUUCCUUAUAAAUGGACCGGAAAUAGUGAGUCAAUUUUACGGUGAAAGUGAACAAGCUCUGCAUGCAGUCUUUGAUUCUGCUAUUAAAGCUGCACCUGCUGUGGUAUUCAUAGAUGAAUUGGAUGCCAUUGCACCAUCUCGGAAAGAAGGCGGUGAAGAACUUUCAGGAAGAAUUGUUGCAACUUUACUAAAUUUGAUGGAUGGAAUUGAUAGAACCGAAGGCCUAAUUGUUAUUGCUGCAACCAAUAGGCCCGAUAGUAUUGACCCCGCAGUCAGACGGCACGGAAGACUUGGUAGAGAAAUCGAGAUAGGUGUACCAUCUCCUAGUCAACGUUAUGAAAUAUUACUUACUUUACUUAGUGAAAAACAACACUGUCUUUCUAAUACCGAAAUUCAUCAUUUGGCUACGACAACCCACGGGUUUGUGGGUGCGGACUUGGCGUCCCUCUGCAACGAAGCUGCAUUUGUUUGUCUUAGACGAUGCGUUGGCAAGGUUCACAAUGAAUCAUUUUCAGAUGAUAUGAAGGGCUUGAAUUUUGGAGAUAGUUUGAUUUUAUCUGGUUCGGAGUUGGAUUCCGGUAGCGUUGAAAGUGAUCGUAUUGGCGGAAAUUUGAGUGUGUCGUUUGAAGAUUUUGAGAAAGCCAGGAUUAAAGUGAGACCAAGUGCAAUGAGAGAGGUAAUACUCGAGGUUCCAAAGGUUAGCUGGAAAGACGUCGGCGGUCAACACGAAGCCAAACAACAGUUAAUGGAAGCCGUAGAAUGGCCUCAAAAACACCAAGACGCUUUCAACAAUAUCGGUACCAGCCCACCAACAGGAGUCUUAUUGUUCGGCCCACCGGGCUGCAGUAAAACCCUUUUGGCCCGUGCAGUAGCCUCCGAGGCUAAACUCAAUUUUCUCGCAGUAAAGGGCCCUGAACUUUAUAGCAAAUGGGUCGGUGAAUCAGAAAAGGCUGUUAAAUCUUUGUUUGCAAAAGCACGGGCUAAUGCCCCUUCGAUUGUGUUUUUUGAUGAGUUAGAUGGGCUUGCUAAUAUACGUGGGAAGGAAAAUGAUGGCGUUUCGGUUGCUGACCGGGUUAUGAGUCAACUACUUGUUGAGUUAGACGGUUUGAAACAGAGGGUUAAUGUCACCGUCAUUGCUGCUACAAAUCGACCCGAUAAGAUCGAUACCGCGCUUUUAAGACCAGGACGUUUUGAUAGGCUUGUGUAUGUGGGCCCGCCUAAUGAAAAAGACCGUAUUGAGAUUUUCCGUAUCCGUUUGAAUAAAAUGAGUUGCAGUUCGGAUGUAUGCGUUGAGGAGUUGGCCCGUCUUACUGAAGGCUGUACCGGAGCUGACAUUUCUCUAAUCUGCCGUGAAGCUGCCAUGGCAGCUAUCGAGGAGAACAUUGAUGCAUCAGAAGUAAGAAUGGAACAUUUGCGAUCCGCAAUUGAACAAGUGCAACCAUCAGAUGUGGAUUCUUAUGAAGAAUUGACUCAAAAGUUUCAGAGACUUGUCGUACAAGCUACCCCAAAAGAUGAUUAGUCUCUAAACCGUCCACAAAAAAGGGGUGUAUUAAAUCCAUUUCGUCGAUUAUUUCUCGCUGAAUAGAUUCUAUCUUUGAUCAAGAGACAAAAGUACUUUUGACUAUGCGACACCCAAAGGUGCGGAUCUACAUGACUUAUUUUGCGUAAUUUGAGCGUUUUAUUGUUUUAAAUCGAUGUUUAUAAGUAUGUUUUUUGCCGAGAAGAACGUUGAUAUAUUUUGUUAGAUUAAAUCUACGUGGUACAUGCAAAACGCCUUGUGGGUAAAAUUGUACAAUAACACUAAUUAAACUUUAUAUUUUGUUACUCAUUUUUUACAA